CCCCGAGUCCAAGGUGGACGGCACUUCUCGCACCCGCCGCGACCCCCUUGGGCACCCACUCCCGGGUAAGCAAACGAAGCCCUCCUCCAUACCUCGCUCUCCUCCCCAGCGCCGGGAGGAAUGCCCCCUGCGGAGCGCAGCCGUAGGGGCUGGGGACGCCGGCUUUAGGGCUAUUCGGGCUUUAGGGAGACGCGGGGUGGGGGUGGGCUGUGCAGCUCCUGCGGCCCUCCCUGAGCUUUCCAGGCCCUGUCCCCACUCCCCAGUAGACCCCCUCCCUCCCGGUCGGCCCGUGGAUGAGGUCAUGCCCGAGCCAUCCCGGGGGUGGGGAACUUGGAUCCCGCGACAGAGGGUGUGUGCGUGGUGGGGCGGGAGAGGGUGGCAAAAGGCAGAGAAAUUCGACAGCUUCUACCAAAACGGGAGGCGAGGGGCGGACGCCCUGCUUUGAGAACAGCUCCCCACGGCGGCGGGGGAAGGGGGAGAACCGAGUUUGUUUACUGACCUGAGCUCCAGGCUGGGGGGUGGGGAGGAGAGGAGUCUUGUCCCCGGCCCCGCGGCACAUCUGGAACCGCCCUGAACAUCUGACUGAGCUCGCACGCGAGCCCCACGCCUCCUAACCCCGACCCCGAGGUGCCUCCGUGUCCCUCGCGGUCCUUGGGCGCGCGCAGUCGGGCUCCAGGGGAGUAGCGGGAGAGAUCCGAGUUCCCCCACCCACCCUUCUCACUUCCAAAACAAUUGGUCUCCCGGGUGACCUGGCGCAGCGUCCGCAGCUGAGCAGACGCAUCUCGGAAGACUGGUGGCUGAGGUCAAAGCCGGGUUGCGGGCCGGCCUCGCUCCGCCUCGCAGGCGGCGUGCGCGCAGGACGAGCGGCGGUGGCGGUGCAGGCGGCUGGACUUUGGCGCGGCUCCCCCCGGGCGCGACCCCUGAGCGCGCCCGCCGCGCGACGAUGAGGGCGCGGCCGCAGGUCUGCGAGGCGCUGCUCUUCGCCCUGGCUCUCCAGACCGGCGUGUGCUAUGGCAUCAAGUGGCUGGCUCUGUCCAAGACGCCGGCGGCCCUGGCGCUGAACCAGACGCAGCACUGCAAGCAGCUGGAGGGCCUGGUGUCCGCGCAGGUGCAGCUGUGCCGCAGCAACCUGGAGCUCAUGCACACCAUCGUGCACGCCGCCCGCGAGGUGACCAAGGCCUGCCGCAGGGCCUUCGCCGACAUGCGCUGGAACUGCUCCUCCAUCGAGCUCGCCCCCAACUACCUGCUUGACCUGGAGAGAGGGACCCGGGAGUCGGCCUUCGUGUAUGCGCUGUCGGCAGCCGCCAUCAGCCACGCCAUCGCCCGGGCUUGCACCUCCGGCGACCUGCCCGGCUGCUCCUGCGGCCCCGUCCCAGGUGAGCCACCCGGGCCCGGGAACCGCUGGGGAGGAUGUGCGGACAACCUCAGCUACGGGCUCCUCAUGGGGGCCAAGUUUUCCGAUGCUCCUAUGAAGGUGAAAAAAACAGGAUCCCAAGCCAAUAAACUGAUGCGUCUACACAACAGUGAAGUGGGGAGACAGGCUCUGCGCGCCUCUCUGGAAAUGAAGUGCAAGUGCCAUGGGGUGUCUGGCUCCUGCUCCAUCCGCACCUGCUGGAAGGGGCUGCAGGAGCUGCGGGACGUAGCUGCUGACCUCAAGACCCGCUACCUAUCGGCCACCAAGGUAGUGCACCGACCCAUGGGCACCCGCAAGCACCUGGUGCCCAAGGAUCUGGAUAUCCGGCCUGUAAAGGACUCGGAACUUGUCUACCUGCAGAGUUCGCCUGACUUCUGCAUGAAGAACGAGAAGGUGGGCUCCCACGGGACACAAGACAGGCAGUGCAACAAGACAUCCAACGGCAGCGACAGCUGUGACCUCAUGUGCUGUGGGCGCGGCUACAACCCCUACACAGACCGUGUGGUCGAGCGGUGCCACUGCAAGUACCACUGGUGCUGCUACGUCACCUGCCGCAGGUGUGAGCGCACCGUGGAGCGCUACGUGUGCAAGUGAGGCCCCGCCCUCCGCCCCACGCGGGGCGCAGGCUCUGCCCGAGGACCCUCAGCAGCCAGGGCCGGGGGCCUGGAGACUCGCGUGGAGUUUUGCUUGUGAAUUCCAGAUGCCUGGCGUGGGAGGUGGCCCGUGCUUUGCCUGCACUUGGAAGCCACCAGGAACAGAAGGCCUGGCCACCCUGGAAGGAGGGCCGGGACAUCAGAGGAAACCGACGAGAUUAAAAAUAACCUGGCAGCCCGAGGCCCUGGAGUGCCCGCAGGCUGGUCUGAGAAUCCAGGGGCCUGGGCUUGGUGAGACUGCUGUGGGCUUGACCUUUCAGGGCCAGAGAGCCCAGCCUCGGGGAAGGGGUAUGCCCGCCCCCAUCAGGACGUUCUGCGGGACCCCCAGCCCACCCCAGGGUCUGAACCUGCUGGGCCCGCCACAUGGAACCACUAGCUUGGGUUGUAAAUGUGUUUUUGUUUUUUGUUUUUUCUCUUCCUUUGGGGUGUGGGAGCUACAGAAAUAUUUAUAAAACAUAGCUUUGUCUUUGGGGCGGCUCUCCUCAAUUCCUCUUUAUAUAUUUUAUAUAUAUAAAUAUAUAUAUAAUGAUCUAUAUUUUAAAACAAGCUUUUUAAACAGCCGUAUGAAAUAAAUGCCGAGCGAAGCGCAGCCGCCCCCGCA